UCUAUCAAUAAUUUACACAGGGACGAGACGCAGCGCUAUGUAUUCAUUUGUGCGUCUUCUUGUCAGGGCCCCUUCUUACACUUCAGGGGUCAUUUAAUACUUGCUAUAAACUAAGAAAGCGAGAAGGAGACGCAGGCACAAAGCGAGAAGGUGAGCUCUCCAACAAAUAAAGCAAUUUAACAAAAAUCCAGGAGGGGAUAAUAAGAACUCCCAAGAAGAGUGAAAGCUGGAUUCGAUCAGGAGAUAAGGAGCAAGCUGCAUAUUGACAUUUUGAGGAACUCGGUGGUCGCUCGUCAUGUUAGAGUUGCUGUUCGCAAUGGUUUGGUUUGCGGGACUCGUGUGCGGUCAGAAUGAAACGGAGCCGAUCGUACUGGAGGGGAAAUGCCUCGUGGUCUGUGACUCGAAUCCCACCUCGGAUCCUACGGGUACGGCGCUCGGGAUUUCUGUGCGAUCUGGCAGCGCCAAGGUGGCUUUCUCAGUCAUCAGGAGCACGAACCACGAGCCUUCAGAGAUGAGCAACAGGACCAUGAUCAUUUACUUUGACAAUAUACUAGUGAAUGUCGGCUCUAAUUUUGACUCGGAGAGAAGCACCUUUAUAGCUCCAAGGAAAGGAAUUUACAGUUUUAACUUUCACGUGGUCAAAGUGUAUAACCGGCAAACUAUCCAGGUGAGCCUGAUGCUGAAUGGCUGGCCGUUGAUCUCAGCCUUUGCAGGAGAUCAGGAUGUGACAAGAGAAGCCGCCAGCAAUGGAGUGUUGACUCAGAUGGAAAAGGGGGACCGAGCCUAUCUUAAACUGGAACGAGGGAACCUAAUGGGAGGGUGGAAAUACUCGACUUUCUCCGGAUUCCUAGUGUUUCCACUCUAAGAGAAAACAACAUUGCAUUUUUUCCUGAACCCUAUACUGUCACAAGAGGGUUGAUAACUUUUUGUUUCCCCAACAGCGCAAGUGCAUCCCAAGGCUGCACAGAAAACUUAUUAUAAAGGGACAGUAUCCCAUUUGGUACCCUCCAUCUACCAAUACCAAUUAAAAAUAACCCCAGCCUUAUAAUUAUUCGUGGACAUAUUACACAUUUGGUUAAUCCCCAGAUCAUCACUUUCUAUGAGCCGACGGAUAAACACACUGUAGCAUGAAUACGCUAAAUUAUCUGUUUUUUUAACAAGACUAAUUACCUUUAUUCCAUUGGCUUUGAUUUUGUAGCAGUUUCAAAGUAAAGUCUGGAUAGGCUGCCAAAUCGGGAAACUGACAGAAAAGUUUAGCAGGGAUAUUUCAAUGAAGGAUUGGUUGCCAAAAGGAUACCGUCUCUUUAAAUAUAUAAGAAAGCAGAAAACAUGCUUCUCUCUGCCUGUAUACGUCUGCCAUGCGGAAUCUUAGAGAUGGUUGCAGUCUAAAAAUGCAGCAUACUUUCAUUUGCCUUUGUAUUUCUACAUCCUAUAGAUACAAUAUUUUCAAUUCUGUGACAGAUUAACAACCUAUAUAGCCGAGCAUAAACUUUAAAAAAACGGAAUUAUGGUAAUUUUGAUCUAGCAAACAAGGACGGUUAGUUGUGUUUCAGUAGUUCAGUGUAUUCUGGGUUUAUUCUGUGGAGGCCGCUAAUCGUUCUGGUAGCAUAUCUAUCGUUUUUUGUUCCAGUAUAAUGUGGCCAUA